AAGCAUAAAGUGAAAAAACCCCAGAAUAUGCUUUACUCUGUUGUGCAGAUUAUCCUUUCCUCCUCUUUUCCCUCAUCAGUUCCUUCCUUCUAAUCAUUUCCUUCCUAAAUUCUCUCUCUCUCUCUCUCAAACCCUUUCAUUUAAACCUUUCCUCUUUCAUCUUCACCCUUCACAAACACCAUUCAUUCAUCACUCAAAAAACAAAAAAACAAAAAGAGAAAGUGUUGUUACUUGUUGCGUUAUGGAACUCGUGAGCGCGAGUGAUCUUUUCGUCACUGCGUCCAUCGCAAUCCUUCUCUCACUCCUCGUCGCGAAACUUGUCUCGUUAGCCACCACCACCGACACUCAAACCGCCACGAUCCAUCAUUAUCAUGAAGAAGAACCGGCCGGUCCGGUUCUUCAGGAGGAUCGGCUUACGGUUCAGACCGAGAGCAAGGUUGGUUUUAUUAAUCCGGUUCAAGUUGCAACCAAUGUGGAAAAAACCGGACACGAAUUGGUCGAAGAGGACACGGACCUCACGGUCGAGUCCGGUUCGGAUUCUGCCGUCGGGUUAACGGCGGAGGUGGUGGAAGAGGAAGCUGCGGAGCGCGUGGGGGAGAUUGUUGAAGAGGAAGCUUCGGCGGAGACGGCGGUUCCGGUUGUGGAGGGAGGUGAGGGGAGCGGUGAGGAUUGGGAAUGGGAAGGGGUUGAGAGGAGUGAGUUGGAAGAGUUGUUUAUGGCGGCUACUGGAUUUGUUGCUAGGAAUGGAUGUGGUGGUGGUGGUGGUGGCGGCGAUGAUGGUGGAAGUGAUGUGCAGAUGGAGUUGUAUGGGCUUCACAAGGUUGCGACGGAAGGACCUUGCCGUGAGUCUCAGCCAAUGCCUCUCAUGCUCUCUGCACGUGCCAAGUGGAAUGCUUGGCAAAAGCUGGGGAACAUGAGUCCAGAGGUUGCUAUGGAGCGGUAUAUCAGCCUUCUUUCAGAUAAAUUUCCUGGAUGGAUGAAAGAUAGUUCUGCUGGAACAGGUGAACAUGAACCGAUGGAGUCAGAAAGUUCUGAGUCGGCUGCUCCAAGCACAUCUUUGCCUCAUCAGCAAAUGAUGGUAACUGAUAGAGAACUCGAACUAGAGUCUGGUGCUCAGGACCAUAGCCCUCUUACCGAGUCAGAUUUGGAGAACAAGCAUGGAAAUUUUCAGGUUAAGAAAUGAUGUCAUCUCUCUGCUUAUAUCCCGCGCGACGGGACAUAUUCCUGCAUUUAUUUCAGCAAAAUGAAGAUUGAUUCCAAGAAUGUAAGCUUGUUCGAAGUAUGCAAGGUUCUUGGGCUGUUUGUUUUCUCCUAUGUUGCGUAGACCAUGUGCUGAUUAUGACGUGUUCUUCAAUAUCAAACCGCUAAUAUAUCCAUAUAUUUAUUGUUCAUAAAUAAAAGAAUGUAAAUAUGAUCUUUUAUGUGCUGCCAAAGGUUACGUGCUCUUCCUGGUUGUUGAAACUAAUUUAUUAAUCUUAUCUUACUCCUGUGUCCAUUUGAGGUAAA